AUGUCUUUAGACGCGUCCGCAGCUCUGAGCGCAGAGGAUCAGCACCUUCUCUUUGUGAACGUGACCCUGGAGUCCAUCGCGACGCAAAACGGGUACAACAUCUGGCUCCCGGGUGUGGGCAUCGCAGCAGUGUACGGGCUCAUUAUAACUGUGGGUCUUGUGGGAAAUGUAACUUUGAUGAAAACAUGUCUCCUGGUGAAGUCAAUGCGCACGGUGCCAAACCUGUUCUUAUCCAGUCUCGCACUGGGGGACCUGCUCCUCUUGGUCACAUGCGCCCCUGUAGACGCCAGUCGGUACCUUGUGGAUGAAUGGCUGUUCGGGCGCGUGGGGUGUAAACUCAUCCCGUUUAUUCAACUCACCUCAGUGGGGGUGUCUGUCUUCACCCUCACCGCGCUCUCUGCGGAUCGGUACAAAGCCAUAGUGAAGCCCUUGGACCUCCAGACCUCCACUGUCGGCAUCUGUGUGCGAGCUGCUGCCAUCUGGCUCCUGUCUGUGAGCUUGGCCAUCCCAGAGGCUGUGUUCUCUGACCUGCACACUUACACCACCAGUCACACCAAUGAGACCUUUGUGACCUGUGGACCAUACCCCCAGGCGGGAGACCUGCACCCCAAAAUCCACUCCACGGCCUCCUUCAUAAUCUUCUAUGUGGGACCACUGCUCAUCAUAUCAGUUUAUUAUGUCUUCAUUGCACGCAGUCUGAUGAGGAGCUCAAAGGACCUCCCCGAAGAAGGACACCAGCAUCUCAAGAAACAGAUGAAGUCGAGGAAGCGCUUGGCCAAGACUGUGCUUGUUUUCGUGGGUCUGUUUGCUGUGUGCUGGCUGCCCAGUCAUAUCAUCUACCUGUAUCGCUCCUACCACUACAACCAGGUGGACACUUCACUGGGCCAUUUCAUCGGCAGUGUGUCCGCUCGGAUCCUAGCCUUCACCAACUCCUGUGUGAACCCAUUUGCCUUGUACCUGAUGAGCAAGAGUUUCAGCAAACACUUCAACAGGCAGCUCCUGUGUUGUCACCCUGAACAGCGUCUACGCAGCCAGAGCAGCAGGAGCACAAACAUCACUUCUGUCUGAUUCUGAGGGUAAAUAUUUACAUCUGAGAUCAAACUGAGGAAUAAGCUUUGUUAUAAAAAUGUUUGGGGAUUAACACUGUUCCUCAAAGAAGUCCUGAUGAUUCAAAUAAACAUACACACCAGCAUUA